AAAAAAAAACACAAUUUCAAUACAAAUUGGUAAAAUACUAAAACUAGGAAAGAGGAACCCUAACCAGCUAAGCCUUCUUCUUCGACUUGUCUGGCGUCACUCUUCCUCUCCGGUCUGCAGUUCUCCUUCUCCAGUCUCUAAACUCUAAUCCAUUGCUUCUCCAAAUUCCAAACAAAUUGGCAAAGAAGAAACCCAAAAGAACGAUUCUUUAGCUCUUAGGUCCAGAUUCGGAAACAGAGUUCUUCUUCAUCAGAUCUUCAUCUUGUAGCCAUCGCCAAGGUCUUUCUCUCUCUCCAUCGGUCGAUCCUCAUACUGCUUCUGUUCUUCAUCAGAUUUUCAUCUUGUUGCGAAGGUUGUUCUCUUUCUCGAUCCUCUUCGACCCGACAAUCUGUUGAUCUUCUCCAGUUCUCUUCAGUGUGUGACGAGCUGAAUUGUUACGGUUGAGCCGAUCUGGCCAAAUGUCAUGUUUGUGACGACCAGGUAGGUGUGCUCGCAAUGGCGAGCUGAUGCGACAGUAUAGGGUACACAUCAGCAGUGACGAUCUGAGUCCUGGUGGAUUUUCGAAUCUCUGAGGAGACACGUUUGCGCGACCUGAUUCCCGGACGAUUUGAAUCUUGGGGAUUUUUAAACCAACCGUAUCUAACCAGAUCUCUGAGGAGAUACGUUUGCUCUUCCGUAUCUCUUUAUCUUCCUCGCCAUAAAUGCUGGCGCAGCGUUUGAGGAACGUGACAGCCAGAGGCGGCGCACGUUAUGCAAAAGGCAGGCAGAGAAGGAGAGGAGGAAGGGGUUUUAGCCGUGGAGCCUAUCACUAUGAUGUGCCACCGGAGUUGCAGGAUGUACCGGAAACAGUGGCGUUUGAGAGCAGCGCCAGUUCCCGCGCCAGAGACAACGGUGACGACCACCCUAGUGCAUCGUCAAGCAGCUCGUCUACGGAAGAGACACCAAGCCGCGAGGAGGGGGUAAGGGACGUUGUGAGUCCUGUCUCAGAUCGGCCUGUAAUGGAUGAAUGGGAGAGCAGAGCCAUCCCGAGCAGGUUGAGCAAUUUGCGAAAGGCACCGAAGGACCUGCCCGCCGGAUUCAAGUUCAAGGCUGCACUUCACCACGAAGUAGCAGAUUGUGCACCCUCCAUAAUGUCACCGACGGGCUGGAUACCAGUGUAUGCGGACCACUUCGACGUCGGCCUGCGGUUUCCUCUGCCCGGCUUGAUAUUCGAUCUGCUCGCGGAAUACGAGCUAGCGUUGACGCAGCUAACGCCCAACAACAUAAGGUUCAUUAUUGGCUUUAUGCUGUUGUGUGCGCGACUAGAGGUACCAGCCAAAGCGAUAGUGUUCAGAUCGCUAUUCCAGUGCCGGCUGUGUCCGAACUCACAAGGAGCGAGGUGGUAUUACCUCUCUGAGAGGGAUAGGAGCCAGCUCUUCAAAAAUGUGAGGAACAAGGUGGCGAGGUGGAAGAAACAGUUUAUUUUUGUUCGCGACAUGCGAGCAGAAGGGAUAAGCAACGACCUCGCUACCUGGCUGUCUGAGUGGCGCACACCAAACGCCCACAUCAACUACCCCCAGCUGCUGCCCCGGGAUGUCGAUCUGAAGAACCAGCUGCUUCAGUAUGCGCAGGGGGAGGGUCUUAUAGAUUUAGAAGCCCUGGUUACCUCGGAGCAGCUCGCCGUGUUCGGGUUUGUCGAUGUGACAAACCUGUUCAGCGAAGGAGAAAUGAGCAGCAUCCUAGAGCGCCAACGACAACAUGCCGAAGCCUCACGAGGUCGCGGGGCUAGCAGCGGGCAACCCAGGCAGAUGCGAUUUGACGAGCGGCCACCCCCAGCGCCUCAGUCACGUGGUUCGUCACACAGGGGAUCCAGCUCGUCGUCAAGGCCGCAAGCGGAUCACAGAGCUGAGGUUGCAGCUCCGGGCGCGCGCAGACGUGCACGCGAGGGGACGGAGAGCGAAGAGGAUGAGGUUCCCCUUGCUAGGCGCAUAAGAAGCGGGGAGACUCAGCCCGCACAGGCGGCUCGCCCUGUAACCGUGCGUUCUCCAAACGCACCGCCAGCGACUGUGCGGGCAGCAGCGGAGCCCGCCCCUGCAUCGGCCUCUACAUCUGGCCCCAGGAUUGCUUAUCCUGAGGAUUGAUAGACAUCUAGUAGUACAAUGUUUGGUGGAUCGCACUAAAUCUAACCGUGCACAUACCAUUUAUGGGAAUGUGACCAAGAUCCAUCACUUCAAGUCUUUUGAUCAACUCAAAUUUUUUCUUUAUGACUGGAAUACUAUGUUAGUGGCAUUAUUAAUGUAUUAACAUGUCAUUGUUUGUAAUUCUUACUUAUAAUUAGAUAAUUAAUAAAUUAUGAUAAAUUAA